AGACUGACAAUAUGCAUGUACAGGGUUUACUGAUAGCCACCUUCUUCACGUUGGCUCUGGCUGUAGAAGUGCCACAUCUGUUGUCCAAUGUGCCAUCACCGAAGCCAGAGCUAUCCGAGCAUAUACAAGCCCUGAUUAACAAUCACAUCAAUCAAGUGCUGCAACAUGUAAAGCAGCAGCAGCAGCAGCAGCAGCAAAAAGUACCUCAUUCGCAGACCACCACCCUGGUGGGUCAAGUGCCGCAAAUGGGAACUGUUGCCAGCUCAGUGGUGCCACCAACCAACAGCCGCCAACACCAGCAACAAGUUCCACUCGAAGUCCAACAUGCCGUACAACAGGUGCACGCUCACAUACCACAGGUGAUAAAUCAUCAGGCUACGGCGACAUUGGUGCAGCGUAUGCAGCCUGGAAGUGGAACUGCAGCAGCGACUGCGACUGCGACUGCAUCUGGAACGGGAACGGGAACUGGAACAGCUGUGGUGCAGAACAAGGCGGUGCCAUUGCCACACAUUGUGGUUUCGUUGCCCGGCCAAGCGCCACUGGACAUUGCCGAUAAGGUAAACAAGUUGCAGCAACAUGUCAAUCUGGUGAUGCAACAGGCCCAAAAGCACAUACCCCAGGCCAUUAAUCAUGCGAUCAGAGAGCGUCAGAAGCAGGCCAAGAGUUCCAGCACCACCACAACAACAACAACAGCUGCAACGACCACCACAACGGCUCCGUUGCAUGUGGAGCCUAUGCUCCAGGCGCAGGCACUUCGUGCUGGACGUGCCUUGUCGCAUCCAACACAUCAUUGGAGCAACAACCACAACAACAACAACAACAACGUGCUACAUGUGCUCCAUCUAAGUCACAAGCACCUCGAGCAGGAGAAACUUGGCAAAUGCAAUUUCCAGUGUCCCCGCCAGUCCUUGCCCGUCUGCGCCAGCAACGGCAAAUGCGUCGUCGAAUUUCCCGGCCAAUGCGAGCUCAGCAAAUGGAACUGCUUCAAUACCAACAACAUUUUCCGUCAAGUUCAUGAUUCUGAGUGCCAGGAUAAGGGCACCAUCAGGUGUUACAAUCUCGACAACAUGAGGGUCUAAAAGAAUGUUUGCGAAAAGUCGUCUUUAAUUUCGAAAACUGUACGUAAACAUUUUUCGCGACUUUAAAGAGCAAUUUAAGAAACCUUUAUUUUUGAAUUCAAAUAAUAAAGCUUACUAUUUUUUAAAACUAA